GGAAGCCAAUUAUGUAGUAUGAAUCAUUUACAGAAAAACAUUACACUUUACCAUGUUGUAUAUCAUUCUUUGGUCAAAUAUACAUUCAACAAUCAAUUUCAAACUGCUCGUUGCUAUUUUUCUUCCACAGUGUACAUUUAUCCACUAACCGAAUCAAUGCCGCUUAGUUUACCAAAAACAUUCACCAAUGAAUUUAUUUCCACUCAAUGUCAUCUAUUUAAUUUACCAUGUUAUUUAAACAAUGACAGCAUUAUUCAUGGGUUGUCUAAUACGAAUGCAUUACGUCGUGCAGAAUUAUUUUAUCAAAAACAAUUAUCCGAUCAUCAUCAACAUCUACAUCAGCAUGAUCGAGAUGUUAAUGACGCGAUGAAUUCUUCCACUGACUUCUCCGACACAUCUCAAUCCGCUCGUUGUCAACAUCAAACACGACAAAGCAUACAAGUGGCAUUAUAUCGUUAUGUAUUGAAUAAUCUACUUGGUUUAUCCGACAGUCAGUCAACACUGGACAAUAGUACUACUAAUACUAAUAUUAGUAGUAGUAGUGAUAUUCCUUUAUUGUUAGAUCUUGGUUGUGGUAUACACCAAACCGAUAUAAUCAAUCAUUAUCAAUUGUCCAUAUCGAAUUUCAGUCGGAAAUUUAUUCCAAUCUGUAUUGAUUUAUUCAGUAAUAAUGAUCAUAAUAACAGUAGUAACAGUAAUCAUAAUCAUAAUAUUCAUUUCCUGAAGUGUAACUUAUUAAAACGACACUCAUCACAGUCAUCAUCGUCAGUGUUAUUACCAUUUCCUGACUACUCUAUGCAUUACAUCAUAUCGAUUUCAUUUGUACAAUGGUUAUUAAUCCCAAUGGUGUAUCAAUCGUACUGUCUGGAAAAUUUCCUAUUAGAAAUUAUCCGUUUAUUAAAUCAAUCAUUUCAUAAUGCACAAUGUGUCAUACAAUUUUACCCGUCGAAAUUAACUGAUUUACAAUUGAUGUGUGAAACAAUCGGGAGGCAAUCGCAUUCGAAAUUCACUGGUUGUUUAUUAAUUAGUCGACCGAUUUCCGAUCGUGGUAUGAAAAUAUUUAUUUAUUUAACUUGUAAGUAAAUAAAUCGUGGAAUUGUUGAUUGAUUUUCGGAUACAUUUUGAAGCAAAAAAAAACAAAAAAGAUCAGUCAAUUUAUUUGAUUUUUUCUUGUAACUAAAAUUUUACUUUU